AUGAGAACUUCUUGUUUUUUCUUUUUCCUUCUCUUUUUCUUCAUCGGAAUAGUUGCCGCUCAGAAGAGGAAUGCGUGGAAUAAGGAGACCGCCGAUCAGCGACUCGACGACAUUAUCACCGUUGAGUUCAAGGUUCGUUGGGGUUCAUGUUGCAUGACUUUUUCACGUCAUAAGAAAUUUCCGAAAAGAAUCGUUUAGGCCCGCGACGCGAACAGUGACGGAUUGUUGACCUCAAAGAAAUCCGUGAUUUUUAUGAAUCGCACCCCGAGAAAAUGAGCAAAGAGGGCAUUGAAUUUAUCGAGAAAAACUUUAACCAUGGAGCCGCGGCUAGCAUCGACCGUUCGUUUCGUACUUUCCGUCUUUUUGCGGAUGAAUUCUGUUUUUCAGAAUACCGAAACGUUAUAAAACAGUGGUUGGCCGAGAACGGAAGCAUCGAAAAGAUAAUCGCCGGAGUGUUUCGAACAGCACCCGGCAGUUGCCGACGCACCAUGUUUGGCGCCAAACCACUGUAA